AUGCCGAGCUCCAACAUCACGAAAUUAACUUCCUCAGCACCGCUGCUCAAAUCUGCGUCAUCGAAGUUAGAGCAUCUGUCACUUACUAGUAAGAUUCCGAAAUUUCUGGAAUUAACGGAUCAGGUGAAAAACAAGCUGAGAAAGCAAAUUGCGACAGCUGUGGAAGAUGUUCUGGAUAGUAUGAUGCAUGAAGGCACCGAAGACGUGUAUUGGCGUGCCAAAAUGCGCAAAGAUAGCAUCACGUACUACGAAGACAAAGAGAGUGUGACCAAGGAGCAAAAACGCUUUUGUUGCGUUGAUAACACCGAAGCCUCCGUGAAGGAGGUAAUCAAACUCUUUGUCGUCUCCGACACCGAGACGCUGUUACAGCGGUGUCGCAUCAUGUAUGAUAAUAUAAUGGACGCCCGGGUCUUAACUGUGCUAGAACAUCCGUCAAGCGACUUUCCCAUGCGGUCGUGUUAUAUUCGCUACACUGCGUUUAAAACAAAAUCCAUUCAGCGCAAUAAUCGUGAUAUGUGUGUCGUUGUAUCGACCAACGUCGUCAAAUUUCCGGACGGAUCGACGGUUGGCUAUUGCGUUUGGGACUCGCUUAAUCUUUCCGAAAUAUCCAAGUUGGAUAUACCACCAGGUUUUAUACGUACGCGUAUGUUCCGUUCCGGGUACUUCGUUCAGAAUUCUGGCCAACCCGGAGCUUUGACAAAGAUCGUGUACAUUGUUGGCAUUGAGGCUGGAGGACUUGCUCCACGGCUUACAACGCGUUACUAUAUGCCACGAUUUGCCGAGGUUCUUGGCCGUAUUAUUGAGCAUCUUCGUACUCGACCACGUCUUGAUUCAAGUUCAUUUGUACCGAAGUCUCAAUGGACUGAUAAACAAAAAGUCGAAUUUUGCCAGUGCUGCAGUAAAUACUUUGGUGCAGUAAAGCUACUUGAUACUCGGCGAUAUAACUGUAUGGCGUGUGGUGACGCCAUUUGCCAUGCUUGUCAUCAUUUGGAGGUCGUAGAAGAUGCCAGUGGUCGUCAAAAGACUGUGGGGAUAUGUGUCGGCUGCAGGAGUACACCAAGUCAUUGUCGUCUUAUAAAUUGA